AUGUGUAAUGGGUUGUUGUGCUGUGCUGAGCCUCACAAGGAUGGCUCUGGGCCUACUUCUUAUUUUGUUUGUAAUCCUGCUUCUGGCCAAACCAGAACAGCUCUAGUUUUAGAACCUCAAGCCAACUUGAAAUUAAUAGCUGUGAACUUGGCUUUUGAUCCACUGAAAUCAGCCUUUUACAAUCUGAUUUUUGUUGCUGAAGAAUCACUGUCUUUAGGGUCGCAGAAGAUGAUCAGGAUCGACAUCUACUCUUCCGAGACUCAAUCUCGUAGACAAGUGCUGAAUAGAAAUGCCCCAGCUUGCAACCGGCGGGCUCACACGCAGGUUGAUUAUUUUGGACAGUCCGGGGGACGCUUGCUUUUUGUAGGAGUCUGCAGGCAGUUAAACACUCCCUUCAAGGUCUUUGAACUGCAGCAAGACAGGUCCGGGUGGUUUUUGAAGUACGAGAGUGAUUGCAGUACUCUGAUUGGGAGGACAAGGGUUUGUCAGUUUUCAGUUGUGACGGUGCUUGAUAGCGAAAGGGAAGAGGACAUCAGUAUUGUGGUGAAAGUACCAGGGGGUGUGAUCCUGUAUAAUGUUAAGAAAAAGACCUCAAGGAAGCUCCGGGAUCUGCUACAAGGUUGCCCUUGCAAUUUUUGGACAUGGAGUUACAUGAGGGGUAAAGCCUACCAAUGGACUGAGACCCUUGCCUCCAUUUGA